AUGUUGGCGCUUGAGUCCCUACGGGAAACUAUCCUAUCAAAUGCCCCAACGAAAGAUGUCAUCGGAGUCUUUUUCGCGCUAAACCUCUGCGCCUACCUUAUCGUCUAUGUCUCAAAAAGGUGGACAGAGCUAUCUGGCAAGACAGCCAGGGCUUCAAGUCCUGAUGUAGAGAAACCAGCUAGCGGUAUUCGCGGAAAGGUCACCAGGCCACCGGGUGAAUGGACACCGUCGGAUUUCAAAAGGCCAACAGCAGCCCCUUAUCCAGACUGGAACGUCCACACAACUAAACCAAUCCCCUAUCGACCAUUUCGAUAUGGCCCGAAAUACUUCAUCACAAUGGGUCUGAGGAGCAUGAAAUGGGACGAAUGGAUCGAACUCGACAACCACUAUCUAAAAUACCACGCCGACAAAGCCCGUCGCAUCGAAGAACGCGGAAGCAAAUGCUGCCACACAGACCCAGAAGCAAUGGACGGAGCAAUCGAGCUCCUAGAAGAACUAUGCGCCUACCUCCCAGAAAGAUACCCAACCAUGUUCCAAAAGACGGCGACAGGAAUAACAAACACAAUAACCAACGAAACUUUCAACAUAACCCAACGGCCUCUGCCGGAAGACCCAAUGGCAACAGCAGCACGUCUAGUACAAGAUGACCUAGCCCUAAUGAUCGAGCGCCCAGACGGCGAAUACUACCUGCUAGGCGGCGCAAUACUGCUCGCAGGAUUCUGGCGGUUAACCGACAAAUUCGGCAUGCGACUUUCAGAAAUCCACACAUCAGGCUCUGUCCCCGGCUACGAAUCCAAACUCGAAAAGGGCAUGAUGAAUUUCUUCCGCCGGCUUAAACCCGAAGACCCGGUGAUUCGAAACAACUAUUUCAUUCAGGUAGACGAUAACCUAGCUUGGUCGUAUAGUAUUGGGUCUGAAGAUGCGGAGACGGUAUCGUGGAAUACAGCGGAGAAGAAUCGCGCUGUGGAAUGUCACUAUUUCCGAUCUGAGCGGCAGAGUUUGAGACGGUUGCCGAAGUCUGGGGCGGUGGUCUUUACUAUUCGGACUUAUUUCGAGCCUGUUACCGAGGUUGUUAAGGAGCCUUUUGUUCCUGGGCGGUUGGCUGAUGCUGUAAGGAGCUGGGGGGAUGAUGUUAGUCGGUACAAGGGGAGGGAGAAGUAUCAGGAGGUUUUGUUGGAGUUUUUGGAUCGGAAGCAUAGCGAGCAGGUUGAAGGGGGUUGGAGGUUGAGAAGGAGGAUGAGAUGA